AAAAAAUAAAAAAAUUGAGUAAAAUAAAAGUUGUUUAGAGAGAGAAACUCCUAAAAUUAAAAAAACAAUUAAUCAAGAGAGAGAAAGCUAGUGCAUUUCCGGCCUUUAAAUACAGAGUGCACCUCCCCCAUUUCUUCAUAGAGAGAAAAAAAAAAACUAAGUGAGGCCACCACUAAAUAAGAGUGUUUCCAUUUACAGUUUUCUUCUCCCCCUUCCAUCUUUCCAAUUAACUCCGAUCUGAUUUCUAGGGCUCCAUAUUUUCUUGAUUUUGAAAUUAAUUUUCCAAAAAAAAAAAAAAAAAAGAGGAGAACUCCCAUUGACAGCAUCUUUGUUCUUCUUUGAAAGCCAGGUGAUUCACCUUUUGUUUUUUUUUUCUUUAAUUAUUAGUGUAAAUUAAUUUUCUUGAAAAAAAUCAAGAGGGUUUAUUUUUCCACCCCCUCAAGAUUUGAUUUUUAUUUCAUUUUCCAAAAAGGGUUGCUUAUUUGAAACCCCUUUUGAAUUUGAUCCUUUUGUUUAGAAUUUUUAUUACAAUCUUUCUUGAAAAUAUUCAUUAAUGGCGGCAGCUAUAGAUAUAUAUGGUUGUAAUAACAAUCAAGCUUUCUCCACAGAUCCCUUUAGGGAGGAACUUAUGCAAGCACUUCAACCUUUUAUGAAAAGUGCUUCUCCUUCAGCUUCUGCUUCUGCUUCUUCUGAUCUCUUUCUCUCUCCUCUUUCUCCUUCUCUCUCCUCAACUUCUUCUUCUUCCUCCUCCAAUCUGUACAACACUGAAUUUGGUUCACUCCCACAAAAAGCCCAAAUCUUUUCUCCGGGCUUUUCGAAUUUCCCCCAAAUUGUAGACAAUCAUCAACCAGCCAAUCAAAUUAACCUAAAUCACCUCACCCCAUCACAAAUCUUGCAAAUCCAAGCCCAAUUCCAUUUCCAACAACAAGAACUCAAUCACAAAUACAACCAAUUUUCGAGCUUUCUUCGCCCAAAGCCCGUUUCGAUGAAGCAAACGGGCCCGGGCCUUACUCCCUCGAAGCCCGUUAAGCUCUACAGGGGAGUGAGGCAGAGGCAUUGGGGCAAAUGGGUAGCUGAAAUUAGACUCCCGAAAAACCGAACCCGCCUUUGGCUCGGAACAUUCGAUACGUCUGAGGAAGCGGCUUUAGCUUACGACAAAGCAGCUUAUAAGCUGAGAGGAGAGUUUGCUAAGCUGAAUUUCCCACACCUUAGGCAUCAGCUUUUGCAAGAAUCUAGUACCUUCAAGCCUUUGCCUUCCUCCGUAGAUGCUAAGCUUAACGCGAUCUGCGAGAACUUAGCUUCCGCGAAUUCGAAGAAACCCGAUAAAAAAAUCGAAUCUUUAUCGGAGAAAACGGUUCUUGUUUCCGUUUCCGCGGCGGAGAACGAAGCUGCGAUGAAAGUCGAGGCCUCGAUUUCGGUGGACGACGCGUCGUCGUCAUCGUCCGGAACGGCUUCGCCGCAAUCCGAUAUCACUUGCUUGGAUUUCAUGACGGACACGUUUUUCGACGAUGAGUGUGAAAAUUUGUUCUUGCAGAAGUUCCCUUCUGUGGAGAUUGAUUGGGCUGCUUUAUAAUUUGUUCCUUUAGAUCUUGUCUUUUUUUUUUUUUUUUUUUCUUUUUAAAUUUAAAUUUUAGUUAAAAGAGUCUUAAGGAGUAAUAGAGUCUAGUUAAUGGAUUCUGCAAUGGAUUUUUUGACAUGUGCAGAAUGGCAUUUAUGUAAAUUCACAUCUCUUGAUCUUGGUCUUGCUUGGUGGUUUUUGUUCCAUGCAUGAACCUUGGGGAGAUUGGCUUAUGUAUGUAUAUAUUAUUGUGUGUUUUAUUAAUUGCUUCUGAUUUUGUUUGGUUA